AGAAGAACAUGGAUGAUUCUGUUAUAUUUGUUAGUCAAGAACUGAUAUGAUGAUAUCCUGCUCAGAUCCGAGAUGGGCUGAAUCAGUUCCACAAGAUUCUGGAAAUUCAUCAAGCUCUUUAAGUUCUUCUUCAUCAGUUGCAAGACAAACAAAAAGCUCAUCAACUAUAUCUUAAUUUUCUAACUGAGGUUGGAAUUUGGGAAAACCUUGGCAACUAUGCAGACAAUAAAAAUAAAAGAAAGACCUGUUCACAAUGGUUGUUGAUUGAGCAUGGUGAAAAGCUUGCAUCAGCUAUUGCUUUGAGACAAAAACAUGCAGAGCAUCAAGGUGUAGUUGAUAUUGCCAUCAGAAAAGUACUGGAAAGAAGAGAUAAAAUUUUUGACAAAAGGGGACUCACUCCACAAGAUGAUUUAUAGAGAGGUGUCAAGAAUCCAGGAUAUAUUAGAAGGACUUCUAGACGUUGAAGAAGAUAUGAUCAGUAAUAGUAACUUGUCAUCUCGUGAAAUUUUUACUUCUGUUGCUGGUGUAAAUGAAAUUUUUGAGGCAAUGUUGUUAAGUGCACAUCAAUACAGAAGAUCUCAUGAUUUGUCAUUACAAAAUCAGGAUAUUGAAUUUUCACCAUGGACCAUUUCAUCUGGAAGGCAUAGUGUACGGGAAGCAGUUGUUAGACAGCAUCACAUCACAUCAUCUCGAGGAUUACCUGUAGCAGAAGAUGGUCAACAGAGAGCAGUUUUACAUUCACAUCUCGUUUCAUUAGCUGAUAUUGUACUAUCUGGUUAUAAGCAGCAACUUGAUUCUGUCUGUAAUUCUGCAUCAUUGUCUGCCAGAAGUGAUGAAUUAACAUCAGCGUUUAAAAGACACAGGACAGCACUGAUUACACCAAUUUUGGAUGCAGGACUCAUUGAUAAAGCUGCAAACUUGGCUGAGAAAUAUCAUGAUUUUGGGGUACUGGUUGAAUUAUGUGAUAGGAAAGAUGAUCAAGAUAGACUGUCGCAGUAUAUGACUGAUUUUGCAACCCAGGGUUUUUCUGACUUUCUUUUCAAUUGGUAUCUGGAACGUGGAAAAUAUCGUAAACUACUCGAAUGUGCAUCAUCAAAUGCUCUUGCAAUAGCAGAUUAUAAUGACAGACUUGCAGAAUUCCUUUCUUCUCAUCCAAAAAUUGCUUGGCUGCAUCAAAUAAGAACAGGUGACUUCAUGGCAGCUCAUGAUACACUGCAAUACCUUGCUGCUGUGGAAAGUCAUAGCACAAACAAAAAGAACAAUCUACUCAGUUUGAGUAAAUUAUCUGCAGUUUUCUCAAAUGAAAGUGAUGAAAUUAUUGAGCAGAAAGUUGAAUCAAUAAGUUCUCAGCAAGCACUAAUUCGCUACCAAGAAACUCUGCCUGGUUCAGUUCUUGAAAAACUGGGAAUGACUGUUGAUAACAUGCCUGUCUUUACUGUGCAAAAGUUAAUUGAGUUGUACAUCGGGGAUGAAAAUGUUGCAUCGAAUGAAGUUGACUUCAAAAAAGCUCUCGACCUUUUAGAAUUUUUACCUCAAACCAUGGAAGAUGAACCUGAGGAAAUGGAUGAUGAGUUGCGAUCUGAACAGCCUGAUGUGGAAGCAAUUAAACAUUAUAUCUGGUGUCGUAUUCUUCUCAAGGAUUCUUGGGAAAAUAUCGAUCACAGUUCCAAUCCACUAGAAGCAUGCAAACAUACUGUUUUAUCAAAAACACUGGAUCUUGCGCAAGAUGCAGGUGUUCUUGCUGAUUACCUUCCUGAUGUUGAAAGACUACUUGAACAAGAAGAGUUGGGUCCAAUAAGAGAAAGUGCUUCAUCACAAUAUCUUAUACGAGCGAGAUUUGAACAUGUUCACAGACAAUUGGCUGCCUCAUGAACAAAUUCCAUCUUUUAUACUUCUUCCCUCUAGAAAUUUACAAUCAUGAAAAAUGUUUGCUAGAAUAUGAAGAUUUUUGCAGAAUGGUUAUUCUUUUUUAUGAGAAUGGGUUUGUGGCUUAAUUCCUUUUGAAAAUAUAUAUGCUAUUCCAACUGCACUCCGUGACAUAGUUACCACAAUUCUAGAAGUGUUGAAAAACUCUUGUGGUUUCAUCUUUUUCAGUUUUGGUAUUUAGUUGCAAUUUCACUGCCAAUCAUUUGUUGCAAGAUUUGAAAGUUCAAUACAAUUGUUACAAAAAUGGAA